UAGAACACAAUUUGGUAAUAAAAUAAUGUCACUGAAUGCGUUGAACUCUGCAAAACUGUGGUUAGUUGCGAAUUUUGAUUCAUCAGCGUUAAUAUUCUACAAUUUCCAGUAUGCAAAUUAUAAUCAUCAGUGUUUGAAAACUAAAAAUGAAGGCUUUAACUUGCCUCGCAAUUUUUAUGUGCGCUCUAAUUUCCGUUCAAUCACUCUCUAAACGCGAUAAAAAAUUAUUGAAAUUCAAAAAAGAAGUUGACAAAAUCGGCACUGAUUUGGAAAACUUCACAUUUGAUAUCGCAAAAGAGGUAGUGAGAAAAAGUGACUUUGACUCAUAUCCGGAAUACGACUAUGAAGAUGAUAACGAAGAAGAUUAUGCCACGAAAGAAGAUCAUCCAGCAAAAAACAGUGCCCCAAAUGAAACAGAGUACACCCAUAACAACAAAAUAGUGAAAGAGAAGAAACAUAAUAUUGAUUCUACUACUACUUCUGUUCACCACAACACUAACAAAGCUGAAAAUCAAACCAAACCAUCAACAAAGGUCAAUGAACCUAGGAAGACCAGAACCAAAAGGUCUUUAAGCAAUGACCCAACAGAAUUGUCAGAAAACUCCAUGCAUGAAUCCACAGUGGAAGUCACAAACAACAAAGACUGCUACCAAAAAACCUUGGAAGAAAGCCUCCUUGAACGACAAGACAUAGAAGACCUGAAACGAGAAGUGAAUCACCUUCACGAACUAGUAAUCAUUUUGAAAGACCAACAGAAAAUCCUAACCGAGCUAGAAAAAGAAAGAAACAGCGAAAGCACACAACGUUUCAACCCAAAAGACCUACUCAAAGUGCUCGAACAUCUAAACAAAGACAUAAUGGACAAAGACAGAGAGACUACCUCUUACUCCACUCACAGCGAGCUAGAGAAGAUCAAGUCUGAUCUGAGAACGGCCAUUUUGGCUUUAGACAAGACGAAGAACGUCGUGGUAGAGGACAGAAAAAAGGAGAUAGCUCUGGAAAUGGAACUAGAUCGCCAAAAAGUCGAGCUAGAUUUACUGAAAAGUAAAAUAGAGAGAAUGUACCGAAAUAAUACUGAGUUACCCAAAGCUGAAAACGAGACUUUGAUAGUGGGUAGUCCACAACAUUUACCAAAGGCAAUGCCAGUAUUGAAGCUCGAAGACAACAUGAGCGAAGGUGCCCAAAAACAGCUGCAGCAGAAGACCCCCGAAGCUAGGGAGAGCAUAGAUGAUCCUAGAAGACAAGUAGCUUCCCAGAAAAGAAGAGCAAGUGACCUGGAGGACUUAACACGUCUUCUACGCGGUAUGGAUAAACCCAAGAAACCCGAUCUAGAAUCCAAGAUAGCCGAGCUUCAAGAAGAACUAGAAAAGAACUCCAAGGAAGAGAAGAUGAAGCAGCAGCUUCAGAUGCUCACUAAGCUUCUAGCCAAAGAGAAACAACCUAUUGCGCCCAAAACACUGUCCAGUGACGAAGACGAAGUGAAGAAGCUGCAGCUGCUCGUUCAGCUGCUGAGCAAACCUCAGGGCAAAACUGAGGACGACUCAGAUGUGAAUGACGAGCUGCGCAAGCUUCAGAGGGCCAUAGAGAAUCUGAGGCCUAAGGAGCAAUCGAGUGGCUUGGGAAUUGAGAGUUUUCAGGAUAUCUUUGGGGCGCCGCAGGCGAGUACCGGUACCAAAUUGACGCAGCAGCAGCUGGUAGAUAUGAGGAAGAAGCUGGACCAGAUGAUUCGGCCAAGACCGACAGCAUUGAACAUCGAUACGAAAAACAUUCCUCCACCGUACCCGCUUUGGCCGGGGAAUUACCGGAACAUGUGGCAGUACGACAAUUUUCCGGGCCCCAACGCUCACGGGUACGACAGAGGCCAGUACGGCCCUGAACAAAAUACUCCAUAUUCCUUCCAACAGCAGCCCGGAUUCGAAGAUUCCAGAUACUAUCCUGAGAACAACCCUUACGGCAGAGAUUUCUGGGAAAACCGCUACCGACAGACAGAAGACCCAGUGAAAAACCGGUUUUUUCCCGCCCCUUAUCAGGUCCCGGAGGAUUCUGGUAAAGGCGAUAAGGGACCAGCAACGACGCACGCUCUCCCGGAUUACCAAACCAAGGACGUCGAAGAAUUGAAGGUGCAAAUCGAGGCCUUGGAGAAGGUCAUCGAAGGUCUCAGCUAUUCCAACUACGGCAAGGGCCCAGAAGACCAGGAGACAGUGACGAAUUUGGAAAAGCAAAUCUAUGAUCUCAAAGCUAUCGUCAACAAUUUGAACCAAGAAACACCACUACCACUGCCAACUUACACCCAACACCCUUCAAGCUUCAGUCCACCUCAACCAAAUCACAAUCAGCCGCCUCCAAGCUACAACCAACCCCAGUCAACCUACAACCAACCCCUGCCAAGCUACAACCAACCCCUGUCAAGUUAUAAGCAGCAACCUGCUAGCUUCAGUCAGUACCCUCCAAGCUCCAACCAACCUCAGCCCAUUUCAAGCUUCAAUCAACCCCCUUCAAGCUACAACCAGCGCCCUGCAAGCUUCAACCAGCCCCCAUCGAGCUACAACCAACCCUCUGGCAACCACGAAGCAACCAUCGACCAACCCCAAAAACCCUACGAGAACCACCGAGUGACCAAAAGGUCCAGUGGACCUCUGCCCAUGUCAAGCUUCAACCAACUCCCUUCAAGCUACAACCAGCGCCCUUCGAGCUUCAACCAGCCCCCUGGCAACCACGAAGCAACCAUGGACCAACCCCAAGAACUCUACGAGAAUCACCGUGUAACCAAAAGUUCCACUGGUCCUGACAAUUCAUCUGCAAAUGCUAAACUUUUGGACGAUGUUUACAAUGAAUUGAAGAGCUAUCUUCAGGAAGAUGAUCAAGCUAGCCAGAGAAGCAACUAUGAAGACCCUGAGGCAAGGAAGAUUUCGAAUCUCAAAGCACAGUUAGAUAACCAGUACCUAACCUAUACAGACACCAAGCGUAAUAACAUGCAGCAAUCACCGGCAGUUGGUACUGGCCCUUAUUACUCCACACCUUAUGAGCAGUACGGGCAAUUGUAUCCAGGCAAGAACCAGAUCCAGACGAAUGAAGUGAAAGAUUUGUUCCAGCAGAAGAAAGGUGACAUACUAGGUUCCAUUAUCGUCAAAAUAAUUGACAAACUAGUGGCAGCUUUGCCUACGGUACUGAGCAAGCUUCUUGGUGACACUUUUACUAGUCUGAUGAAGUCUGAUCAGUAUGGCGUGCAGACCAUGCUGAACAAUUUUGGCGUGAUCGGUUAUGUUCCUUUGAUUCUGCUGAAGCUGAUUGACGGUAUUGAGUAUUUCAUGCGCGUUUUGAAGCAGAACAGGUUCUUCAAGAACUUUCUUUUGCCGGCUCUGGUUGUUCUGCUUGUUACUGGGUCUGUUAUUUUUCUUAUCUGGUGGUUUCAAGGUGAUGAUGGUGGGAUGAAUUUGAAGCAGAUCGGUUACGAGAAUCCAGGCGAACUAGCGAAGUAUCCUUAUGAUCAGUAUUCCAGAAGUAUGAAUCCUUACUAUACUGGACCCUAUGGUUAUAGAGAUGCUGGCUUGGUACCACAAUAUUCGAGAAGUUACUAUGAUAAUAAUAAUAAUAAACAAUGAUCCAAUGAAUUCUCUGAAAAUAAAUCACCUACUCUUUAAUUUUGUGUCGCUCCAUAUAAAAUUAUUGUUUACUUCAAAUUCCAAUAAUCUUGUGAAUGAAAGACAACUGACCUUCUUCAGAACACAUUGUUAGCAGACAAAUAGGUGGAUUUCUGAUUUGUUAUUGUAUUCUGGAGUUUUGUGAUAUUAUGAAAAGAGGAAUAAUUUUAUGAAAGUUUGAAUGAUCUUGUAGGAAAUUUCAUGUUUCAUCUAAGUAUGUUAUCCAGAUAACUACUGAAUUUUUCGUAACAAGGGCAAUAUAAAGAGUCUUUCAAAAUUCAGUAACUUCAGUAAAUUAAUUGAGUGGACAGUGUAAAGUGGAAAUUUUCUGGAACAUAACAGCUAUCAUAUAAUGAUAAAAUGUUUCUAUUUUCCGGAAACCUAGUGAGGAAAUCAUGUGAAAUCGAGUAUUUUUAUAUAAUAAUGUAUCUGAUACUAUAAAUUUUAUUAAACUAGAGAACAGGGAGAGUAAAUAUUCACUUAAUGUUUUCUUUUUAGAUAGAAUUCCGGUAUAAAAUGUUCUUACCGAAUCUCCCACGUGCAUGAAUUAAUUACGGAAAAUUUGUCUCGUUCAUGAAUUUUCAAAGAAAUUUCAUGUACUCAAAAAAUUUCUUGCAAUACUUCAUUCCCUAUAGCUAGGGGGAUUAUAAGUGAUGAAUACAUAACAUAGAAUGUACUGAUUACGGAGUUGCUAAUAUUUUCUAUGUUGUGUAUUCAUCAACAUACUUAUAUUAUUAUUUUCUUUUUUCCUCCUGUUUGAUUUGGCUAUACAGGGUGAUCCACGGUGGAUGGCCUAUUAGAAGUAUCUGAUGGAGGACGAAAAGACAGAACAUUCUGAAAAUUGGGAUGCUUUGAUGAUUGAACAUUCUCUAUCCGUCUAAAAUAUUUUCAUCGAUACAGUGUUGCCACUUCUAUCAGAAAGAACUACCGACUUCGUUAUUUUAAAUGGAGCACCCUGUAUUUUAUUGCAUCUUUAGAUUUUUCCUGUAGAGCAGAUUUCAUCAAUGUUUAACAGUUGGGGUCUUGUAGGACUGAUUACAGAGAUAUAGGGUGUUCAAAAUCGAGAUUUUUUGACUUUAGGAUUCUUUUGUGUCGAAACUAUUCAUUAUCGAUUGAAACGGCUCAUAUAUGUCCCUGUCUUAACUUUCGAUUCAGUAGGUAUCUACUGAAAUUCAAUUAGAACAGAUACAGGGUGAUCAGAAUUCUGAAUCUUGAAGCACCCUGUAUUUUUAUCCAAUUAAAUUCCAGUAGAUGGUGAAUCAAAAGUUAUGAUAGGAACAUGUGAGCCAUUUUGAUCGAUAAUGAAUAGUUUCGACACAAAAAAAACUAAAAUUGAAGAAUCUCGAUUUUGAACACUCAGCUCUUCAGGAAAAAUUUAAAAAUGCAAUAAAACACAGGGUGUUUGAUUCGAAAUAACAAAGUUGCUAGUUGUUUCUGAUAGAAGUGGUAACAUUGUAUCGAUGAAAAUAUUUUAGACUGAUAGAGAAUGUUCAAUUAUCAGAGCAUCCCAAUUUUCAGAAUGUUCUCUUUUCUCGUUCUCCAGAUACUUCUUAUAGGCCAUCCACUGUGGAUCACCCUGUAUAUAAAAACCUUAUUUUUUUAGUUUUUCAAACGUAUUUUUGAAGUAAUCGAAUAUGUGUCAAUUUUAUUCUGUGUUUUGAUUUUAAAAAACUGCGAACUCAGUGGUUGUUUAGUGAUUUACGUUCCCAACACAUUGAAAUAUUUUUCGGAACUGGCACAACAAGAGCAAUUAACGGUGCACGUAUACAUAUAUCCGGGAAAAAAGUUCUCAAUUUUGCCCAUAUGAAAAAAGAGAUUUAUAAAAAGUGACAUUUUGUAACCUGUCAAACAGAGAUGAAAUGUUAAAAAAAUGUUUUCCUUUCCAUGAAGAAGUCCUAUCUUGUCCUAAAUAAUUAGUCCUGAAAUCAUGAUACUAAAUUUUGAAAUACCCUGUAUAUUAUUAGCGAAAAUCACGUGAUUUCAAUGUUCAUUUUUUACUGUGUAUGGCUGAAGAUUCAAGGAUGGAGGUAACAAAAAAAAUUGGUUGCAUGUAACAUUUUGGUUUGAUAAGAUUGAAGUCGGUCUUUAUAAGGUGUCUACCAGUGUUUAAAAUAGUUAUUUUAGGUUAAGAAUUUGUUAACGGGGAAAUAUUGUUAUUAAGUGAAUAAAGAAUUAUUGUAA